CCACACCACACCACGUCAGUCAUCGCUUAGCUCGAGUCGAAGGCGUCGGGCGUCGCACGCACGCACGCACUCAAGAGGAACACACAAAAUUCACCAGCCAACUGUGGCAGUGCGGUCGCGAUCGGUCGACCAGCAAGCUAGCUAGUUAGCAGGUAGCCAUGGCGGCUCGGCGUAGUGGCGCGGUGGUGGCGGCGUUGAUGGCCCUGCUGGUCGGGCUCGCGGGCGCGGACUUCGCGGCGGACCGGGCGGAGUGCGCGGACAAGCUCAUGGGGCUGGCGACGUGCCUGACGUACGUGCAGCUGGCGGCGACGGCGCGCUCGCCCACGCCGGACUGCUGCUCCGGGUUCCGGCAGGUGCUGGGCGUCAGCAAGAAGUGCCUGUGCGUGCUGGUCAAGGACCGCGACGAGCCCACCCUCGGGAUCAAGUUCAACGUCACCCGCGCCAUGAACCUCCCCUCCGCCUGCAACAUCCCGGCCACCUUCUCCGACUGCCCCAAGAUCCUCAACAUGUCGCCGGACUCCAAGGAGGCCGAGAUCUUCAAGCAGUACGGGAUCGAGCACGAGGGCAAGAACGCCACCGCCGGCGGCAGCGCCGCCGUCACCGGUACCUCCGGCGGGAAGAGCGCCGACGCAGCGGCCGGCGCAGGGAGGCACACGGCGGUGGUCUUCGCCGUCGUCGUCUCGGCGCUGCUCGCCUCCGUCCUUGUUCUCGCAUGAUGACAGGCUGCAGUGAGGCGAGACAGUCAGCAGGGAGGGAGAUCAGAAGUCGGGACACCCAGAGGUGUCUGUAUGAUUGGGCCUGGCUGCCCAAUUUUCAGCCUGGGCCUUAAGUUUGGUCAAGCAGAGGGCCCAUUGAUUGCCGUGUAGCGAGUGAGUGAGUGAGUGAAUUCUAAGACAAGUAGAAGUGUAUUGCAGUGAGUGAGUUGCCUGCCUCCCCGGUUCCUGUUUAAUCCCUUUCUUGGUCUCUUUUAUUUUUCCGAAUAGUGAGUUGACCGCCGGAUCAGUUGGUGUUGGAAGCUUACAUUUGUCCUACCGAAAUUUCUCUCCCUUGCCCUUCCAUUUUCUGGAGCAAGAGUGUGUAAUUAAUAUGAGUACUUCAUAUAUUUUUA